AUGACCUUGACUGAAGAUCCUCCUGAUAUUAUAGAAGUUAACCAUGACCUGUCAAAAGCUAAAAAUGACACUUCUUCAGAAAAAUCUGCUCCUAGUAAUAGUGGGAGUGGUCCUAAAAGUGCAAAAAUUUCAAAUGCGCUAAUAUAUAUGAUCGUUAAGGAUGAUUUACCACUGUCUGCUACUGAUAAGCCAGGACUACAGAAGCUGUUACAGGUUGUGUGCCCUUAUUACGAGAUCCCUAGAAGAAACAAAAUAACAACCUUAAUUAAACACAAAGCUGAAGCUUUGAAAUUACUUUUUCAAGGAAAGUUGAGCGAAAUAGAAUGCUUUUCUUUAAACGCUGAUGUUUGGACUGAUACCCAUAACUCGCGAAGUUUCUUGGGAUGCACAGCACACUAUCACUUUGAAGGUAAAUUAUCAGCAGCAGUACUAGGUGUUAAAGAACUGCAAGAAAGACAUACAGCAGAAAAUAUAGUGAAAGCAUUAAAAUCUAUGCUUGAAGUAUGGAAAAUUGAUAUAAAAAAAGUAAUAGCAGUAGUUACUGAUAAUGGAAGUAACAUGGUAAAAGCGGUGAACGACUUAUUUGGCUCUGCUAAAAGUGUGAUAUGUUUUGCUCAUUCACUAAACCUUGUUAUGCAGGAAUUAAUAGAUAAGUCUCAAGAAAUUACUGAAAUAGUAAAUAAAAUUAAAAAAAUAGUAACUUUCUUUAAAAGCCCCACAGCAGCUGCUGAACUGAAAAAAAUUCAAACCGAUGCGGAGCAAACUUUGCGACUUAUUCAGGAUGUGCCAACUAGAUGGAAUUCUACUUUUUACAUGCUAGAUCGUUUCCUUCAUAUUAUUGAUUACCUGGUUCCAUUAUUAAUUAAGUUAGAUCAUGCGCCACCUUGUCUAACUGGUCAAGAAAUUCUCUCUUUAGUCGAAUUAGUAAACAUCUUGCGUCCAGCUGAAAUUGUGACUAAAAACUUGGGGGAAAGUUUGGAGUCUCACUCGCUAAUCUCUGUUGCUGGGAUACUUGAUCCUCGUUACAAAAAUUCGAUAUUUCCUAAUGAUGAUGCAGCAUAUCAAGCCAGAAAAAAAGUCAUUGAUUUGAUACAAAAAAGAACUCCGAUUCAUCAAGAAAAUACACCAACUAAUCCACUAAAACCUACUGAAAAAAAAAAUCCGUUAUCUUACGGUUCUCAAGAAUUAAAAAAUUAUUAUCAGCAACACAUCGUGUCAAAAUCGAAAAAUCGUACUACUUCUACAACUAAUCUGGAUGAAUUAGAAUUUAAAAAUUUAUCGACAGUUCUCCUCAAGAAGAUGAAAACGUAA